UGGGGGGGGGGGGGGUAAAGAAGAAAAUCUCGGACGUUUACACUUAGAUUUGGGGGAGAAGGAAAACUCGGGACCCUCAGAGAUGGGCAACGAUUUGAAGGAUUUUGUUGCUAUUUGAAAACAGAAAACAUUAUGAACGACAACCAAAGUUAUGCAGUGCUUUAGUUUUGUUUUUUCCACCUUCGCCUUUUGUGAUUAUGGUAAUGCGAAACGUCAAAUGUUUAGCUUGGGAGACGUGAAGCAUUAAAUUGGACAUCGGCGUAAAAUCAUCCACCGCGUCAUUCGUUUAACUCUGUAAAGUAAAAAAUAAAAAAUAAAAAUUCGGGGUACCAGGUACCGUUGAUAGAUAUGAAAGGUUGAAAUAUCCGACACAUAAAGAAAAUACUCAUAAUCAUGUAUUAUGGCCGUGAAAUUGUCAUUGUCGAUGUCUGACGAAUGUUUCGUUUGGUAUGUGCUUAUCUCCUGAUCGUUAAAGCGUAUCAGUGACCCCGUGCGCUGUCAAGAAUCAAACUUAGCGAUACAGGUAAAACGGGGGAAAAAAUCGUCAAAUUCAACAGAAAUUUAAUAGCAAAAAGAAAGGUGACGGAAGAGCUCGUUAAUUCAGUGUUAUCACACACGUGCUGGAGAAUAAUCGACAAACAGGAUAGGGAGGGCUCUCAAACUGUCCCGUGGCGGAUUCGUGUAGAGAAACUGUCCCAUGGCGGAUUCGUGUAGAGAAACUUACGAAAUCUUUGCCUGUCAUCUGUGUUCGAUGAAAUAUGAGAGAAAGAAAAAUAAUUGCUCUGCUUUUAUCUAGUUCUGUGAAGGGAGAAAGUUUGUUUUCAGAAGUCGGAGGAUUUGUUUAGACGCAGUGUCGACAGUUAAGUCGUUGAGAUGGGUGAAGCUUUACAGAACCAUCAUUAACACUAAGGCUUCUCCCUGGAUGAGUGUUCGUUCAAAACUUAUAAUGCUUAUCUAAUAAUUCCCUUGGGGUGAGGACAAUUUAUUCUGUGGGACAGACAGAAACAGAGUACCCAGCGCCGAGGAGGGAGAGUGUAUGACGAGUGAACUUUAGAAAACUGUUUCCGGUUGGAGGAUGGAGAUGUCACGCGAGAUUCUCGUACUGUGCUGGCUGUUUGUCGCCGCCUCGUGCGCGGAUCAGUGCGUCAUCAAAGGUCAGGUGAACACGAGGCUUCAGUGGUACGGAUACAUGCUGCAGAAGACGUUCCAAAAAGCAGACGCUCGAUUUGAAUACCAGAUUACUUAUCCCGAGAGAGAGUGCUGUGCUAAUCUAUUAAUAUACUACGACGACCAGAUCUCGCAACUCACGGAGUCUAUGACGUGUCAAGAACGAGUGGAUAUUCUUCCGAAGAAUAAUUAUCAGGUCAUUCCACUGUCCACUUUGAAUGCCACUAAAGGCUGUAUCAUCUACCCGGACAGCGGAGGAACCAAUCUAUAUGUCUGUAACGGUGACCGCAUUUUCAAAUCGAACGGACCUCGCACGUGGUAUUUUGCGAUAAGUAGGUGUGGUGCUUCUCCGAGUCAAGGAAUGUUGAAUAUGAAUUAUUAUUUCAAUGUGACUGGAUAUUAUGGUAAAUGUGAAGCGGACCCGCUAUCAAAAACGAUCUUUCCGGAAUUCGUUGAAAGUGAACCGGAUGUGACGGUGGUAAUCAUUCUGGGUGUUCUGUGCGGGUUGUCUACCAUUACCGCUAUUGUGUUUGGUGUCUUGUUCUUCUUCGGCAGAAUAAGACGAAAGAACAAGAAAAAGAAAGGGGGUUCGGUGACGUCAUCUCAGGCAACGAUGACGCAAGAUAUAUUUUACGUUAAUCCUUCCUUGUCCGACAGAGAACAUUCAGACUCUCAGUACAGUCACAGUCAAUCCAGCGGUUCAGAAAAUUAUUACGAGGUUAUUCCGGACAGACGUAGCUACGAGAGCAUAAAUACUCAGCUGGUCAUGCACGGCCAUAACGUCCGAGGUGUCUCGAUGAACCCCAAUCACCUACGCGAACAUAGAACUCCAAACAUCCCACCGUAUAUCCUGGAGAACUACCCUCCGCCUCCAUACCAACCACCAAGUGGGCAACAAAAUGGCGGUUUGCAUCAUCGAUCUCACGUGACAGGACACCAUGGCGGUCAAGUGACUUCUCAACAAAUUCAAAAUGGAAACAUUCCCAAUGUGCGUCCAAUGCAGAUGCAUUCCUCCGGACACCCACCCCCCUCUACCUCCGGACACCCACCCCCCUCUACCACCAUCAUUCACCAACAGCACCACUCCAUGUCCGGAUUACAAACCGGAGAAAAUUCAGAACCGAAUACAGCCAGUCAUCCGGUACACAUUGGGGGGAAUCGUUCCGGAAGUGCCCCUGUUCACUUUGAUAACGUGGGCGCAAUCGCUCGUCCCACUCCGAUUUAUCCCAGCUCUCACGGGAUUCUUUUCGGAACGCAUCCAUCUCGAUCGUCUCAACCCACUUCUCCGUCUUCUCAUGGAGCACCAAACGGAAAUAUUCCGAAUGGACAUAUCAACAACAAUACCAUUGGCCACAGUAGCCAGGCCUUCAAAAGACAGCUAUCCGCUGGCCCUAAAUUAAACAGUGUUCCGAACGGCCAACCUUUGCAAUUACAAACAUACCAAGGUCACGAUAAACCUAUGGAUGAUACACAGACUCCGAACGGAAGGACUAAACUUCCGAACGGAAAUCUUCCAAAUGGACGCACGCAUGUUCCAAAUGGAAAUGUUGCCAAACUCUUGCAUGACGCAUAUAGAAUUCAGCAAUUCGAAACUACGGCCUGACUAGCCGACAAUAAACAGACGUGGAAUGAAAUUUCCGUUUAAUCACGUGAUUAAGUCAAUGGGGGAUUCCUGGAUAUAGACGCCAUCAUGAAAUUAUUUUCCAUCUUUGUGUGCUGAAUAAAGAGUAAGGAAUCUUAUUCAGAAUAAGCUUACUCUGCAGACAAUGUCAGUUUCGCGGCAGUCGUCAUUUAUUGAGAACUACAAUUGACUGGAUUAAGGCGAAAGAAAGCUCAAUAAUCCGCAAAAAUCUAUAAUCCCAGAAGACUACAUUACGGAAGCUACUAUAUAUACCGGAAGCUACCGUAAUCUGGAAAGACAAACUGUGUCAUACCCAUGUGUAACUCGAUAAUGAAAUACGUAUACAUCUAAUUGCAUUAGCACUAUUAGACUUCGUCUCCUGUUUCUAAGACAAUGACAAGAAAUGGCGAUGUGACGUCGUCAUUCGGGGAGAUUAUUGUGACGUCACGUGUUUCUGAUACUGAGUAUAUUUGCUGUAGCUCAAUCAAUUCAUGGUUACUAAAUGUUUGUUAUUAGUGCAAAAAAAAGUUCUAUUUUAAAAACUAACAUUGUUGCCAAAUCCUCGACUAGUACAUUUCAUGUGAUAAUGAUUAUCUGAAGAUAGAGGGCGGAUAUUUUUUUUUAAUUCAUUCGCUAUUAGGAUUUACCGGCAUUUAGAAGUCUCGAGUCCUUGCCCAAGCAGCACCACGGAACAAUUUAAGUCUUCCAUGAUAUUUAUAUGUUUUUCUAGCUCUUUAUAUGGCGGUGAUUACAGAACCCGAAAUUACCCCUGAUUCUGCACACGCACACAAAAACCAAAAUCUGCCAUAUGACAUGGUGAUUAUUUUACACUGUGUCGGCAGGGAAUCCUGGGUCCUUGUCGUCCGCUUGAUCUCCAUGGUAACGUUUUUCAUAGUGUUUUGUAUUUUUGUCAUAAAAUCAAAAACACUGACAUCAAGGACCACUGCAGAUUUAUGUCCGCCAUUUUUUCUAUGUCUUAUUUUGGUAAUUUAAAAAAAACCACAACCUCAAAAACAUUGAUUGUCACGCCAUGUAAACUGGUGUAUUGAUAAUGCUAAAUGUUUUGUCUCAUAGAUAGAAACACCUACCUCCAUCUUUGAAAUGCACAUAUAUAUAUAUAUAUAUAUAUAUAUAUAUAUAUAUAUAGAUAUAUAUAUAGAUAUAUAUAAUAAUAAUAAUAAUAAUAAUGUUUUUUCAGUGGUAAAGCUGCUGUGUCGCUGUAUUUAAUGUUUUAUUUCUCGAUAUAAAAACAUUUUUAUCCUGACAUCAAAAACCUGUAUAUUACAAAAAUACGAAUAUAAGAUGGCCUGUGUGUAUGGUGGACGAACAUCGUAAAUUUCUGCAUUUCUAAUUGUCUUUACCGAGCAUUUAACACAUGUUACAGUGUAGUAUUUUAUCAAAAAUAUUCGGGUUUGGGGAAACCCCUAUCAUGUUGCUUAACUUAAAUGUUUGUACGUCACAUGGGAGGAAAUCCCCACCUAACGUGAAUUUUCGUACUUUUAGAAACACUUCAUAUGGCGAUUGUUCUGCAAUAUUUUUUGAUCGCCUUCAUGGUUUUCUUUUCUACUUGGUUCGGUAGUAAAUCGGCCCUAUAUCUAUUAACACGCAUAUGCCACGUGAACGAAAAAUGAGCAAUAAAACAAUUGUAUGAGUAUUCCGAGGUACACUAGGAACAUCAACACGACUAUUAAAUUCUUGAGUUCAUUCAUUACAAACAUUUUUCAUUUAACCUCUUCACCUUGUUUUCACGUAAACCAUUCGUUGUUAACUCUACUUCUAUUCGAAAUUAUCCGCCUGAGGGCGUUGUUAGAUACAUUGAUAAAUGUACUUCCGUUUUUGAUGCAUUGAUGUUUUUUUUUUUUUUCUUUAUUGUCUUUACUUUAGUUGCAAAACAAAUGACAUUGUAAUAUUAUUGAUUAAUAUAACACAUUGAUAUUCAAUAAUAAAAUACAUGUAUUUACUUAAGAAA